CGAUUCUCGGGCAGAAUAAAGAACAGGUAGAAGACGCAACUGCCGGAAUCGCACCGGUAGAAAGUAUAUUCCGUGCAAACUACACCACGUCCCCAUCCCAUAGUCAAAAUAGGAGAGUUUGCACGGCAAAUAAAUCCACCAGCUUUGGUUCUUUUGGAACUGACGCCUGACAAACUCGAGCAUGAAGCAUAGUCAGUGUGAGCUAGCUUAGCGUCAUCUUCAUAAAUCGAUCAUCUAACCCUGAUUAGAGCAUGACAGAUUUUUCGUCCGAGACUGCAUGGAAAAAUGCUACUCGUGGGGUUGUGCAUGAGCAACAUUGUUAUUGUAUGCAAAUGCAGAUGAUUUCUCGCAUGACAACUUUGGGGUGGGGACAUUUUUGCACAGGAUAGGGCACCAGAACGAUGGAGGAGGUGAGUGCUACCACGGGCCGACCCCUCGUCGCUGCAGAAAAAUAUACGCAUUGCAAAUAUUGUCGCGCACGUCCAAAGCGCAUCACUGGCACUGGCAAGGUGCGAUGGUUCUGUUGCGCGAACAAGUAGUUGUAGUUCGGCCUACCACUACAUCUUGUUUGUACCGCAGAACAAAAACAGAAGUGGCCUUGUCAGCAAAAGUUGUCGUCUUUGCGCGUGUGCGACGAGAGUUUUGCAAUUGAUAGAGCCGCCCGCGGACGACGGCGGCAGCGAGUAUCCGCGUCAGCAAAAACUCCCGUCCCUGCAGUCGACCACGGCCAACGUCGAAACGCAUAGCAAGGAGUCGGGCGGAGAAGGAGCGCCC